AUGAUUAUUGAUUCGAAUGAGUUUGGUGAUGAAGACAUACAGUCUGUUUUGGCAGUUUGUGAGUCAAGCCUCAAAGAAGCUAAUGUUGAAGUUGACAACAUAGAACAUGAAUGGUCAAGACUGAAAACAGAGUUGUACAACAGCAACAGGGACAUACAUAGCUUGAAAUGGAAACAACUGUGGGAACAACUGCAUACAAAAUACCCAAACAUGUUUAGCUUAGUCACAUACCUACAGACACUUCCUUCAAGCUCAGUUGAUGCAGAAAGAGGGUUUUCAAGAAAAGUCGAGCUAAUAACAAACGACAUUUCAAGCUAUGACCCAGAGCCUGCUGUCCACCUAUGGAAUUCCUGUGCCCUAAGAGCAAGGAGGCCUUAUCAUAAUGAGAGAAAUUUAAAGAGAUGUGUCAAUGACAAUGUUGUCAGAACGCAACCAGAGGAUAAAACCAUACAACAUCCAGAAGUAGAGUAUGAUAUUAAUACCAUUGUUCAGUCAUUGGGUGAAGAAGAUGAUGAAGAGGAGGAGGAUGAUGAAGAAGAAGAAAACCGUUGCCUGCAACAUGACAGAGAUAUAUUGCAAGCAAAAGCUAUGAGAUUGCUAUUGUCUUCUCUGUAAUUGUGGUGAAAAAUAAAACAAGAAAUACUCUAAAAUCGUGUAGUUAUUGUUAUAAUAAAAUUCAUAUUCAUGACCAAAAUCAUAAAUGUGGGAUCCUUAAACUUGAGGAGGAAUCUCUUGUCUGAGAGCUGAAGAUUCCUGCUGGAUCCCAAGUGAUUUAUGUUAAGGUUGA